GUUCAUCAAAGUAGAAAACCGAAAACCUCAAACCCACAGAACAUCAGAGCGAACACAAGAUCGGAUCGAGAAACUUUAGCAACCAUGAUCUCCCAGUUCUUCGUGCUCUCGCAGAGAGGCGAUAACAUCGUCUUCCGUGACUAUCGCGGGGAAGUACCUAAAGGAAGUGCAGAGAUAUUUUUCCGGAAGGUUAAGUUUUGGAAGGAGGAUGGAGAAGGGGAUGCACCACCUGUCUUUAAUGUGGAUGGUGUGAACUACUUUCACGUGAAGGUUGCUGGAUUGUUAUUUGUUGCAACCACAAGAGUUAAUGUGUCACCUUCUCUUGUUCUGGAACUUCUACAAAGGAUUGCACGUGUCAUCAAAGAUUACCUUGGCAUUCUAAAUGAAGAUUCAUUGCGGAAAAAUUUUGUUCUUGUGUAUGAGUUGCUGGAUGAAGUUAUUGAUUUUGGUUAUGUGCAAACAACAUCUACUGAGGUGUUGAAAUCAUAUGUAUUUAAUGAGCCCAUAGUUGUUGAUGCUGCACGAUUACCAACCCUUGGUCCUGCUUCCAUUUUUAUGCAAGGAACCAAAAGAAUGCCAGGGACAGCUGUUACAAAAUCUGUUGUAGCAAAUGAGCCUGGUGGUAGAAAGAGGGAAGAAAUUUUUGUGGACAUAAUUGAGAAAAUAAGUGUCACAUUUAGUUCUAGUGGAUAUAUACUUACUUCUGAGAUUGAUGGCACCAUUCAAAUGAAGAGUUACCUUACAGGCAAUCCAGAAAUUCGGCUUGCUCUCAAUGAGGAGCUGAGUAUAGGGAGGGGUGGAAGGUCAAUUUAUGACUAUAAUAGUUCAACUGGAUCCGGGACAGUUAUACUAGAUGACUGUAAUUUCCAUGAAUCUGUGCAUCUUGAUAGUUUUGACAUUGACAGAACGCUUACCCUGGUCCCACCAGAUGGUGAAUUUCCAGUAAUGAACUACCGUAUGACUCAGGAAUUCAAGCCGCCCUUUCGUAUUAAUGCUUUGAUUGAAGAAGCAGGAGCUCUCCGGGCUGAAGUAAUUCUUAAGGUGCGUGCUGAAUUCCCCUCAAGCAUUACCGCAAACACAAUUCAAGUACAAAUGCCACUGCCCCCAUAUACAACUAGAGUUAGUUUUGAGUUGGAGCCUGGGGCUGUUGGAAACACAACCGAUUUUAAGGAAGCAAAUAAGAGACUAGAAUGGGGUCUAAAGAAGAUUGUAGGUGGAUCUGAGCAUACUCUACGUGCAAAGCUGACAUUUUCACAGGAAUUGCAUGGAAAUAUCACAAGGGAAGCUGGACCUGUUAGCAUGACCUUCACAAUACCAAUGUACAAUGCUUCAAGACUUCAGGUAAAGUAUUUGCAGAUAUCGAAGAAGUCCAAGGCCUACAAUCCAUAUCGAUGGGUGAGAUACGUCACACAAUCAAAUUCCUAUGUUGCCCGGUUAUGAUAAGAAGCUUUUUUCCCCAUUUUUCUCGCUCCUUUCCCUGUCCUACUGUUGUGUUUAAGAUCAAAUGAAUCAAAAAAUUACUGCUAAAAGUAAGGCAUGACUGUGUAUCAUUUGCUAUUUAAUCUUCAUUCGCCUGGUUACCCAAGUUUUCACCUUUCUUUUUCUUAGUGCAGUUCUACAGUAAGUGAACCUUCCCAAGAUUUCUUGUAUUUCAGAUAAAUGAAAUGGGAUGAACCUCACAUGUGGAUCAUUACUUUUAAGUUUUAACUGACUUGUGGUUGGAACUUGUAAACAAGCUAAUUUGUUC